GCCCUUGGUUAAGCCCAAAGUUGAAAACUGAAUUCUUCGGCGCUCUCGCACUUUCUAAGGGCUAAACCUCUCCAGUACCUCUCUAGGUUUGCUAAUUUUCUGCUCCAGCUCACUUUCUUCUUACAAGAAGCUGAUUUUUUCCAUUGUCUGUUCAGAUUUAUAACAACAUGGAUGAUAAUCUUUAUGAUGAGUUUGGAAACUAUAUUGGUCCUGAAAUUGAGUCAGACCAGGAGAGUGUUGAAGAGGAAGAAGACGAAGAACUUCCAGACAAACCCCAUGAAGAUGAAGCAGCAUCUGAUGGUGAGGAGGCAAUGGAUGCUUCCAAUGGAUGGAUUACGACCCGUGAUGAUGUUGAUAUGGAUAAUCAGGUCGUCCUUGCUGAGGACAAGAAGUAUUACCCAACUGCAGAAGAGGUUUAUGGUGAAGAUGUUGAAACAUUGGUUAUGGAUGAAGAUGAGCAGCCCCUUGAACAACCUAUAGUUAAACCUGUUAGGAACAUCAAGUUUGAGGUUGGGGUUAAGGAUUCCUCAACCUAUGUUUCCAGUCAGUUCCUUGUUGGUCUCAUGUCAAACCCCUCUUUGGUUCGUAAUGUUGCGCUUGUGGGCCAUCUACAACAUGGGAAGACAUUGUUCAUGGAUAUGUUGGUUGAGCAAACACAUCAUAUGCCUACAUUCGAUACAAAUAGUGAGAAGCAUAUGAGGUACACAGAUACAAGGAUUGACGAGCAAGAAAGAAGGAUAUCCAUUAAGGCAGUUCCAAUGUCACUUGUUCUUGAAGAUAGCAAUUCAAAAUCAUACCUAUGUAACAUCAUGGACACCCCUGGUCAUGUAAACUUCUCUGAUGAAAUGACUGCUGCCCUAAGGCUUGCUGAUGGUGCUGUGUUAAUUGUGGAUGCUGCUGAAGGAGUGAUGGUAAAUACAGAGAGGGCCAUACGCCAUGCAAUCCAGGAGCGCCUGCCUGUUGUUGUUGUGAUCAAUAAGGUUGACAGGCUGAUAACAGAACUUAAGUUGCCUCCAAAGGAUGCUUACCAUAAGCUUAGGCAUACUAUAGAAGUCAUAAAUAAUCAUAUAACAGCAGUCUCUUCAACAGCUGGGAAUGUCCAAGUUAUAGAUCCAGCUGCUGGGAAUGUUUGCUUUGCAAGUGCUAAUGCAGGGUGGUCCUUUACUUUGCAAUCCUUUGCUAAACUAUAUCUCAAACUCCAUGGUAUCCCAUUUGACGCUGACAAAUUUGCAACUCGUCUUUGGGGAGAUAUGUAUUAUCACCCAGAUACAAGGGCUUUCAAGAAGAAACCCCCUGCAGGUGGAGGAGAAAGAUCAUUUGUCCAAUUUGUGUUGGAGCCUCUGUACAAGAUAUAUAGUCAAGUGAUUGGAGAACAUAAGAAAAGUGUUGAGGCUACUCUUGCCGAGCUUGGUGUCACACUUCCCAAUGCAGCUUAUAAACUAAAUGUUCGGCCUUUGCUAAGGCUGGCGUGCAGCAGUGUUUUUGGUUCAUCUUCAGGCUUCACCGAUAUGCUGGUUCAACAUAUACCUUCUGCUAAGAAUGCUGCAGCUAAAAAGGUUGAUCAUAUUUAUACAGGGCCCAAAGAUUCUAUGAUUUACAAGGCCAUGGUAGAUUGUGAUCCUUCUGGCCCCUUGAUGGUUAAUGUAACCAAACUGUAUCCCAAGUCUGAUUGCAGUUCCUUCGAUGCUUUUGGUAGGGUUUAUAGUGGUAAAAUCAUGACAGGACAGUCUGUAAAAGUGUUGGGCGAAGGCUACUCACCUGAUGACGAGGAGGACAUGACUGUGAAAGAGGUGACCAAACUAUGGGUAUAUCAAGCUCGAUAUAGAUUACCCAUAAGCAUGGCACCUCCUGGCUCUUGGGUUCUCAUUGAAGGUGUGGAUGCUUCAAUAAUGAAGACUGCAACUCUUUGUAAUGUGAAUUACAAUAAUGAAGAUGUUUACAUAUUCCGGCCUCUCCAGUUCAAUACUCUUCCAGUGGUGAAAACAGCAACUGAGCCUUUAAAUCCAAGCGAGUUGCCAAAAAUGGUGGAGGGUCUAAGGAAGAUCAGUAAAAGCUACCCUCUUGCUAUUACUAAAGUUGAGGAGUCUGGAGAGCACACUAUUCUUGGUACUGGAGAGUUAUAUUUGGAUUCCAUUAUGAAGGACCUAAGAGAACUCUACUCUGAAGUGGAAGUCAAGGUAGCAGAUCCAGUUGUUUCAUUCUGUGAAACUGUGGUGGAGUCCUCAUCAAUGAAAUGUUUUGCUGAAACACCUAACAAGAAGAACAAAAUAACCAUGAUUGCGGAGCCAUUGGAGAAAGGGCUUGCAGAAGACAUUGAGAAUGGUGUUGUAAGCAUUGAUUGGAACAGGAAAGCUCUUGGUGACUUCUUCAAGACAAAAUAUGACUGGGAUUUGCUUGCAGCACGAUCCAUAUGGGCCUUUGGCCCUGAUAAGCAGGGACCUAACAUUUUAUUGGAUGACACACUUCCUACUGAAGUUGACAAAGGAUUGCUGGGUGCUGUCAAGGAUUCCAUUGUUCAAGGUUUUCAGUGGGGUGCACGAGAAGGACCACUUUGUGAUGAACCAAUCAGAAAUGUUAAGUUCAAAAUCGUUGAUGCUAGGAUUGCACCAGAACCACUGCAUAGAGGAUCUGGUCAGAUUAUUCCUACAGCUCGACGUGUAGCCUAUUCGGCUUUUCUGAUGGCAACCCCAAGACUCAUGGAACCAGUAUACUAUGUGGAGAUACAAACACCAAUCGACUGUCUCUCAGCAAUAUAUACAGUGUUAUCUCGCAGGCGUGGACAUGUCACGGCUGAUGUUCCUCAGCCUGGGACUCCAGCUUAUAUUGUGAAGGCAUUUUUACCUGUGAUAGAGUCGUUUGGUUUUGAGACGGACCUGAGAUACCAUACCCAAGGGCAAGCAUUUUGCCUCUCUGUGUUUGAUCAUUGGGCUAUAGUGCCUGGAGACCCUCUUGACAAGAGCAUAGUUCUACGGCCACUAGAGCCUGCACCAAUCCAGCACCUUGCUCGUGAAUUUAUGGUGAAGACAAGGCGUCGCAAGGGAAUGAGUGAAGAUGUGAGCAUAAACAAGUUCUUUGAUGAGGCUAUGGUGGUGGAGCUGGCUCAGCAGGCAGCUGAUAUUCAUCAACAAAUGAUAUGAUGGUUCUCAUAAGGUUGCUAUGGCCAUGGAAUACAGCUCAAGGAUAUGCAGCAGGCAAUUUUCUCCUGAAUUCUUUGUACCCAAAUCUAGGUGCCACUUGUGAGAUUAUCAUGUUUAUGGAUAUCCAGUCUUGCAGAAUACUGCUAAGUGCUACCAAUUCCUCAUCCUCACUUGUAACUUUUUCCUGAAGUGGUGGUCAUUUGCCGGCUAUAACCCACCGGAAGGAUGUGAAAGAAUCGAAAUUUUGAAUAUUAUGUGCUUCUGUUUUAUCAAUUGUCCUAAUAUAUAAGAGCAUAUUGCAGGAAAAAUUUGACAUGUAGCUUCUCUCCCAUGUUGUUAUUAUAAUUUCUUUUGCUUUAUUAAAUGCGAAGGAGGAUCAUUAUUUAGUAUUUAAAUAUUGUGAUUAUUUUACUAA